CACCUUGCGCCAUGAUUGAAUCAGCAGGGGGCAGUUUAUCUAAACUGGCUGCAAUAAACUUGCCAAAAGCUUCAUUGUCACUGAUGGAUUGAGAAGUUAUUAAUGUUUCCUGGGCUUUUCGGACCUCUGCAACAGCUUCAGUUAAGGCUUGUAGCCGUGGUUUUUUAUUUUUUGAUCCUGCUUCUACUCGAGAACCUUUCUUACCAGUCGAUUCUACUCGGGAGCAUGUUUUGCUGGUCGAAGGUCUUGUAGGAGUUUGCAAGAGAGUUGGAGAUGGUUCUUCAAUGACUUGUUCCUCUAGCAGACCUUGUUCUAUGCUUUCCGUUUCAUUUUCAGCUGUGGAGCUAUCCAUUAUUUCUUCCAUUU